AUGCUACUACCUAACUGGUCAGGAGUCUUUAUUACUUGUGUACGUAAACAUGAAAAACAAGCAGAACGUGAAGUACUUGAUUUAUUUUAUCAAUAUCUUGAUGAACAAGUACCAGAACUUUUUAUAUCAUCUUCAAUUAAAUCGGAUGAUGUUUCUUUAUCUUCUGAUAAAUCAUUUAAAUUAUCUUCUGGUAGUUUUGAAGAUCAAAUUUCACAAGAACUUGCAAUAUUGAAAAAGAAAGAGCGUUGGUUACAACCAAUUAAUAUUAAAACAGCAUGUGUUAUUUUUAUUAGGACAAGAUGGCCUUUGGAUCCUGUUCAAAUAGUUCGUUAUAUUUGUGAAAAAAUAUCUUCGAAUGGAAUUAAAGGAAUCCGUUGGUCUAAACGUAUGACGCCUGUUACAUUAACUGCAUCUGCAACACUUUUAGAUCUUCAAAAUUUAGCUCAGAAAUUUGCUAUCCGUCCAAAUCUUAGAAAUCAUACAAAAUUAACAAGAGAACAAAUUAUUAGAACUAUUGCACCUCUUAUAGGAGCACCACAUAAAGUGGAUCUUAAGAAUUAUGACGUUCUAAUAAUGGUUGAAGUAUUUAAGAAUAUUUGUGGUAUUAGUGUUGUACGAGAUUUUGAAAAGUUAAAAAAAUUGAAUAUUGCGUCUAUUAUGGAAUCAGUGGUCAAAAAAAUAUAAAAAAGACUUUUCAAAAUUAAAUAUUAAAAAUGUACAUGAAUUAUUUACGAUAAAUGCUAAGGUUUUAGUUUUAUAUAUUUGCUCGAAUUAAUGAUAGAGAUUGGAAUAAUUUCUCUUUAAUUUUUGCUUGUUUUGACCAUUCAAUUGAAAACUUUCUGGAAAAGUAUAUGUUAAUUAUUUAAAAAACAAAUAUAUGAUUAACUAACUUCAUUCUGUUGAUUGCAAUAAUCAUUAAGGCUAUAAUUUUCAAUGUAACAUGAUUUUGUCGUAAACUUCGAUCAGGAUAGAUUCCCAUCUUUUCAAUUAACCGAAGGUUUGCUUGAUUACUAAAAAAUAUUAAAUCGAUUAAAUCUUAUAUAUGUUAUAUUACCAAGAUUCAUAACUAUCAAUUUUCAUAAGAAAAAAUUUCUUAGUAUAUGAAAGACUGGCUCUGAAUUGUUCUUCUCUGGAUACCAGAGCUUUAAGAUAACGGAUUUGUUUUGAAAGGCCUUUUAAUUCAGCUUUGUGUUUUAAUUUAAGUGUAUAUAAUUCUUUUGAUUCUCUAAAAUAAUUUAGUAAAAAAAAUAUAUAAAUUUAAACUAACGGUUCAUUAAAACGUAUAUUUUUUUUUAAAUAAUUUUGGUUAUUAUAUAAAUAUUUAUCUUCAUGGAGCUGUCUUUCCAAAUAAUGUACUUUUUCAGAUAUUUCAUCUCUUUCUUGGGUAAUAGUUUGAAUUUUUUUUUCUGCUAACUCCAUCUUAUUAACUAAAAAAU